CUUCUUCUUCUUCAUAUACUUCACACUUCUCUUUGUUUCUGUUUGUCUUCCUACAUCUCUUGUAUAUAUAUAUAUAUAUUCAGUUAAAGCUUAUUUUUUUUUACUUGUGCAUUCACACUAGUUUUCUCUUGUUUUUCUCUUUGUUCUCUUCAUACUUUCCAUGGUCUCUCUGUGUUUGUUUCCUCUUCAUACUUCACAUACUUGCUUAUAUUGAAUUAAGAAAAUAUUUAGUUGUUCCUUUUUUUUUUUUUCUUCAUUUUGGUAUUGGUUUUGUGAUUAAAUUAUUCUCUUCCUGUCUUCUUCUUCUUCUCCUCUCCAUACUAGUUCAUAUUUUUAAGGUCUUAGGAUUCAUGGGUAGUUGCUAUGAUGUGCCAGAGUGGGAGGAUGAUGUGUUUGCAAGGCUCAUUAGCAGGAUGAACCCCCCAAGUGUGGUGAUAGAUAAUGAAGCUUGUGAUGAGACCACAGUCAUUAGGGUUGAUAGUUUCAAGAAACCUGGGAUACUUCUUCAAGUGAUUCAAGCUCUUAUUGAUCUCAACCUUAUGAUUACCAAAGCUUAUGUCUCCUCAGAUGGAUGUUGGUUCAUGGAUGUGUUUAAUGUGACCGAUCGAGAUGGAAAUAAAGUUUGGGACAAAGAAAUUCAUGCUUUGAUAGAGACUUCAGUAGAGACCGAUGCUUGGGGCUCUGUCGGUGUUAUGCCAUCAAAAGAACAUACGUCGAUUGAGCUAAUAGGCACCGACAGGCCGGGUUUGCUAUCUGAAGUGUGUGCUGUGCUCACUGACCUCAAGUGCAAUGUAGUCAAGGCUGAGGUGUGGAGUCACAACACUAGAGUUGCAGCUGUAGUUCAUGUUACUGAUGAAUCCACAGGACUUGCAAUUGAAGACCUUGACAGACUCUCCACCAUCAGGGAACUCCUCUGCAAUGUCUUGAAAGUCAAUAGCGAUUCAAGGACGGCAAAGAUGACUGUUUCCAUGGGUGUGACUCACGCCGAGAGGCGAUUGCAUCAAAUGAUGUUCGAUGAUAGGGACUAUGAAAGAGCAGACAAGGUUGAAGAAGGAGAUGAAACAUCUAGACCUCAAGUUGCUGUCUUAGAUUGUGCUGAGAAAGAUUACAGUGUAGUUAUUUUGAGAUCUAAAGACAGGCCAAAGCUUCUAUUUGAUACUAUUUGUACACUUACUGACAUGAACUACAUUGUGUUUCAUGGCACAGUGAAUACAGGAAAUUCAGAUGCUUAUCAGGAGUAUUACAUCAGGCAUGUGGGUGGGCUUCCGAUAAGCUCAGAAGGCGAGAGGCAGCGUGUGAUACAGUGCCUUAAGGCCGCCAUCGAGAGGCGGGCUUCCGAGGGACUGGAAUUAGAACUGAGAACAGAAGAUAGAGUUGGGCUUCUAUCAGACAUAACCCGGGUAUUUCGUGAGAAUGGUUUGUGCAUCAAAAGAGCAGAGAUCACAACAGAUGACGGCAAAGCUGUCGACACCUUCUAUGUAUCAGAUAUGUCGGGAAACAAUGUCGAAGCCAAGACCAUAAACAAUAUAAGAAAGCAGCUCAGCCAAACGAUUCUGAGGGUGAAGAAGAACCCCCUUCAGCCUGCUAAGCCUCCGGAAGAGGCCAGCAGUACUGGGUUUUUAUUUGGGAAUUUCUUUAAGGGAUGCUCAUUUCAUAGUUUUCGGUUGAUCAGGUCCUACUCCUGAGCUGAUACCACAAAACAUUUCAACCAAGUUUGAAGGUUCUAAUUAUACUGUGUCUGUAAAUAGUGAUGGUUUAGUUCUGAUGUUAUCAUACUUGUAUAUUGGUUAUAGGUAUCACCACAUGUUGUACAUAAAAGUGUACAUAUGCUCAUAUCAGAGAAAUAUAUAUUUGUAAAUACACAAUAUGUUGCUUCUA